AUGGUUGCUGCAUCCUGGACCACCGGCCUCGUGGCCCUCCUCGCCAUGUUCUCCUCGGUAACGGCGCAGAGUUGUCAUCCCCGUAAAGAUGUCUGCGCCAAUCCGUAUGUGCGUAAGGAAUGGCGCAACUUGAGCAACGUGCAGAAGGACCAGUAUAUCAAGGCAGUCCAAUGCCUGAUGAAGAAGCCUCCCACCGCUGGCAUGGCUGCCGUUCGCAACCGGUAUGAGGACUUUGUUGCCACGCAUAUUGUUCAGACUGAGGCCGUCCACUUCACUGGCAUCUUUUACCCUUUCCAUCGUCUUCUGCUUGUAGAGUACGAAAAGGCGCUGUGGGAAUGCGGUUGGGACCGCAAGCUCGGUCAGCCGUUUUGGGACUGGACCUUGGAUACGGAGAGCGAUGCCAAGUUCCUGUCGUCGCCCGUUUUUGACAAAAAGCUUGGGUUUGGCGGCAAUGGAGCGUUUAUCCCCGGCAACCGGAGCCACCCUGAGCUGCCUGGUCACGCUGGCGGCCCCCCGUUCGACCUCCCCGACCGUAGCGGCGGCGGCUGCCUCGAGGACGGGCCCUUUGCAGGCCUCAAGACGCAGCUCGGCCCGCUCAACAACACCAGCGUCAAGCCCGAGCGCUGCAUCCGUCGUGACUUUUCACCGCGUUCGCUGGCCAGCUUCGGCAGCAGGGCGCAGGUGGACGCGGCCAUGCGGAUAAGCGACUACGGCACGUUCGAGUUCGUCACCGACUCGCAGACCAUCCACCCUUCGGGCCACUGGGCCACGGGCGGGCUGUACGGCACCAUGACGGACACUUAUGCCUCUCCGGGAGACCCCAUCUUCUAUCUGCACCACAGCAACGUGGACCGGACGUGGUGGUCGUGGCAGAGGCGCAACCUCAAGAAGAGGGAGCGCGAGAUGGACGGCCCCCUCUUCAUGUUUGACUAUGCAAACGCCCUCGGCGGCAACGCCACCCUCGACACCCCCGUCUGGGUCGGUCUGGCCGACCAGCGCGUCCAGUUCAAGGCCGGCGAGCUGCUGCACGUGCGAAAGGGUCCGCUGUGCUACAAGUACGAAUCUCUCUACUAA